GUUUGUUUGAGGUUGUUUAAUUGUGUCAGAUAAAAAUUUAAUUUCUUUUAUCGGUAGAAUAUAAUCCACUAAUUUUCUGCAUGAAGCAGGGGGGUUUUCACAUUAUUAGUCUGAACAGGUAAUGGACGGUGGUUUAAAAAAAGUCAGAAAACCGAAUCCAAGAGAAAAUGCAUUCCUUUUAUCUGCAGCUACUUUCUGUUACACAAUCCCGACGUUUAUUCAGGGAUUCAAGCGUGACCUAGAAGAAUCCGAUCUAACUGAAACCUUGUCGGAGCAUAGGUCAAGCAGGUUGGGAAAUAAGAUGGAAAAAUAUUGGAAUAACGAAGAAGAAAGAGCCGCGAAAGCUAAAACCACCCCUUCAUUACAGAGAGUUCUUUUUAAAGUAUUUGGACUGGAGUUCAUGUUUUAUGGCAUUGUUUUAGCAUUAAGCGAGGCAAUAAGAUUGCACCAGCCACUAUUUUUGGGAAAAUUAAUGGGUUAUUUUGCUCCCAAGAAAUAUUUAAAUCAAUCAGAGGAAGUUAUUCAACCAUUGGCAUUGGGACAAUUUAUAGCAUUUUACACACCAGAACAAACUGAAAUAACUAAGGAACAAGCAUACUGGUAUGCUGCAGGUGUUGUAUUAUGCUCUUUAGUCAAUAUACUAGCCACUCAUCCAUAUAUGAUGGGUGUUCUUCAUUUAGGAAUGAAAAUGAGAGUCGGUUGUUGUUCCCUCAUAUAUAGAAAGUCAUUAAAAUUAAGUAAAACAGCAUUAGGUCAGACUACUGUUGGGCAGGUAGUAAAUUUACUAUCUAAUGAUGUGAAUAGAUUUGAUCUAGCUGUAAUAUUUGCUCAUCAAUUAUGGGUCGGACCGAUUGAAACUGUAGUAUGUACUUAUUUCAUGUACUUACAAGUAGGACCAUCAGCAGCAGUAGGAGUUUUUCUUUUAAUCAUGUUUAUACCAAUGCAGAUAUAUUUGGGGAAAAAAAUUUCAAUAUUACGAUUAAAAACUGCUCUAAGAACAGACGAGAGGGUUAGAUUAAUGAAUGAAAUUAUCUCUGGUAUACAAGUAAUUAAAAUGUACGCAUGGGAAAAACCAUUUGCAAAACUAGUGUCUUUGGCUAGAAGGUAUGAAAUUAAAAUGAUUCGGUUAACAUCAUAUAUGCGAGGUAUAACAUUAUCGUUUAUUAUGUACAGUACUAGAAUGUCAAUAUUUGCUAGCAUAUUGACCUACGUUUUAUUAGGAAAUGAUAUAACAGCAGAAAAGGUAUUCGUCUUAACUUGUUUCUACAAUAUUUUACGUCAAACCAUGACAGUUUUCUUCCCUCAAGGAAUCUCACAAGUAGCUGAAGCCAAUGUUUCUAUUAAUCGAUUGAAUAAAUAUAUGCUUUAUGAUGAAACUCAAAUAGCAAAAGCUGUCAAAAAAGCUGCAUUGGAAAACAAUAAAAAUGGACAUACAGAAUCUGAAACAGUUGCUAAUGGUAGUUUAGAUAGAGAAUCGGAGGGUCCUGGUAUUUCCAUUAAAAAUGCUACGACCAAAUGGAGUGAGGCGUCAACAGACAAUACACUGACAAAUCUGAAUUUAACAGUAAGGCCAGGCAAAUUAUUGGCAAUUAUAGGACCAGUAGGUAGUGGUAAAACAUCAUUGUUUCAUGUUAUCCUCCAAGAACUUCCCCUUCUUGAAGGAACAUUAAAAAUUAAUGGUGUAAUAAGUUAUGCUUCCCAAGAACCCUGGUUGUUUGCAGGAACAGUAAGGCAAAAUAUUCUCUUUGGUUUACCUAUGGAUAAACUAAGAUACAAAACUGUGGUAAAAAAAUGUGCUUUAGAACGUGAUUUUCAACUGCUGCCUUAUGGUGACAAGACAACAGUGGGUGACAGAGGAGUAUCUCUCAGUGGUGGCCAAAGAGCUAGAAUUAACUUAGCAAGGGCUGUUUACAAACAGGCAGAUAUAUAUUUAUUGGAUGAUCCAUUAUCUGCUGUUGAUACUCAUGUAGGGAAGCAAUUAUUUGAACAAUGCAUUACUGGUUACUUAAGAAGCAAAAUUGUUAUUUUAAUCACUCAUCAAUUGCAAUAUUUGAAAGAAGUAGAUCACAUCCUUUAUUUAGAUGAUGGAAUUCCUAAAGCAGAAGGUACUUUCCAUGAACUUCAAGUCAGUGGCUUAGAUUUUACCAAACUCCUUGGAGAGAAUCCUAUUGAAGAAACCCCAGAAAAGGAAAAAGCACUUCUAACUCGACAAGAUUCUAUUAGAAGUGUGGCUUCUAUAGAAGCUCCCAAAGUAAUAGAGGAACAAAAAAGUAUUGGCUCGGUAGGAGCUUAUGUUUACAAGGCUUACUUUAGUGCAGGUGGAAAUUGCUGUGUGAUAUUUAUUCUUUUUACCUUAUUUGUUGUUGCACAACUACUUGGGAGUGCUGCUGAUUACUUCAUAACUUAUUGGGUUAAAUUAGAAGAAGAGGAUCAGGCCAAUACCUCUUCUAAUACAACUGAUAACUUUUGGCACUUCUCAAGAGAAACCUCUAUUUAUAUAUACUCAGUUAUAAUCAUAUUAUUGAUUGUGGCAACUUUGGUUCGAUCUUUUACAUUCUUUUCAGUAUGUAUGAGAGCUUCUACAAAUCUUCAUGAUACUAUGUUUAUGAGUAUAAUAAGAGCUACUAUGAGAUUUUUUAAUACGAAUAGUGCAGGCAGAAUCUUAAAUAGAUUCUCUAAAGAUAUGGGAUCAGUGGAUGAACUUUUAACAAGUGCAAUGAUCGACUGUUUACAAAUAGGGCUUGCACUAGUUGGUAUUAUUGUUGUUGUUGCAGUAGUAAAUCCAUGGUUUAUGGUACCCACAGUUGUAAUAGGAAUUAUUUUUUAUUUGCUGAGAAUAUUUUAUCUUAGAACUAGCAGAAAUGUUAAACGAUUGGAAGGAGUCACAAGAAGCCCUGUAUUCUCUCAUUUAAAUGCUUCCUUACAAGGAUUAACAUCUAUAAGAGCUUUUAAUGCUCAAGAGAUUUUAAUAAAAGAAUUUGAUAAUUAUCAAGAUUUACAUAGUUCUGCUUGGUUCACGUUUAUCUCUACAUCAAGGGCGUUUGGAUACUGGUUGGAUCUAGUGUGCAUAAUUUACAUAACCCUUGUAACGUUUAGCUUCUUAUUUUUGGGAACAGAAACAUUUGGAGGCAAUGUGGGCCUGGCAAUUACACAAGCUAUAGGUUUGACUGGAAUGUUUCAGUGGGGUAUGAGACAGUCCACGGAAUUAGAAAAUCAAAUGACUUCCGUUGAAAGAAUAUUAGAGUAUAACACUAUUGAACAUGAAGGAGAUCUUGAAUCAGAGCCAGAUAAGAAACCAUCAAGUAAAUGGCCAGAAUUUGGAAAAAUUGAAUUUAGAAAUAUAUAUUUGCGUUACUUCCCAGAGGAUCCGCCUGUUUUACAAAAUCUAAAUUUCACAAUUUUUCCGAAAGAGAAAGUUGGAAUAGUUGGUCGUACGGGGGCAGGAAAAUCUUCAUUAAUAAAUGCUAUUUUCCAAUUAACUGAUACUGAGGGAACGAUUUUAAUCGAUGAGGUUAAUAUUUCAUGCAUAGGUCUACACGACCUUAGAUCAAAGAUAUCAAUAAUCCCGCAAGAACCGGUGCUAUUUUCCGGUACAAUGAGAAAAAACUUAGAUCCAUUUGAUGAGUAUCUGGAUGCAGACAUUUGGAGAGCUCUUGAAGAUGUAGAAUUAAAAGAAGCAAUGCAAGACUUAACUUCAGGUUUAAGUUCCAAGAUGUCUGAAGGUGGCUCAAAUUUCAGUGUGGGACAAAGGCAACUGGUGUGUCUUGCAAGGGCAAUUCUCCGUAACAAUAAAAUUCUAGUCUUGGAUGAAGCGACUGCCAAUGUUGAUCCACAAACGGAUGCUCUAAUCCAAAAUACUAUUAGAAAGAAAUUUGAAGAAUGCACUGUACUUACUAUUGCACACAGAUUGAACACUGUAAUGGAUUCAGAUAAAGUUUUAGUAAUGGAUGCAGGAACUGUAAAAGAAUUUGAUCAACCAUAUAAAUUACUGCAAAAUCCUGAUGGCAUAUUGUAUAGCAUGGUGCAACAAACUGGUAAAGCCAUGGCUGAAACACUUUUCAAAAUUGCAGAGCAAAGUUUUAAAAAAUAAAUGCUAAAUUUAGUUUACAUUUUUAUUCAGGAUAAGCAGCCUGCAGCUCUACUACAAAAUAAUAUAAUACAAUUAUUAAGUGUACAGUUUUUGUUUUUGAUAUGAAUAUUUUUAAAUAUUGUGCAGUUUAAUUAUA